UCUCUCUCUCUCUAUGCUCUGCUCAGCCUCACCAACUCGUCAGUACCAAAUACAUCUGGUGUCCAAUUUUUUUUUUACACCUCUUUGUAUUUAGGAGUCCUUACCCUCUCUUUCACGUCUCAUUUUCAUAUUCCAUUUUUUUUUUCCUUCAAAGCCUGCAUCUUUGAUUACCACACCACAGAAAUAAAACAGCCCUUAUUCUGUUCUCCAUUGCAUUUAAGACCAUUGUCCUAUAUAAGGCUAACACAACCAGGUUCAGAAGUCUCUUAACCAGAAUAGAGUACAUAGGUUUCCUGUUCUGCUUCAUUGCUGCUUUGCAUUUAUUGCUACCCUUUUAUUUCUAGCAGCCUCCAACAAUGUAUUCCUCCUAAGCCCUAGAGAGAGAGAGAGAGAGAGAGAGAGAGAGAGAGAGAGAGAGAGAGAGAGAGAGAGAUGAAUAUACAAUUACAUAUCAAACAAGUUUUUCACACCUCGUCAUGGAGAAGCUUCAAGGACACAUCAAUCCCAGCUCCUUGCAUCGGCAAGUAGAUGUGGGGAGCCUAGAAGUUCAUGGAUUUGCAGAGGCUCAAAGCUUUGGACUUGAGGAUGAGGAAGAGAGAAAAGUUCAGCAGAUCUCCGCACCGGGCUUGCAAGAGACAAUUCCAUUACUACAAAUGCUACAAAACGGAGAGCCCUCACCAUUUUUGUCCUUCAAAGAGCCAAACUUUCUAGCUCUAUUGUCUCUCCAGACCCUCAAGAAGCCAUGGGAACUUGAAAACAACACGCAUGAAGUUCCUGACUUUCAUUCAUCGAUCCACUCCGAGACCAGCAGCUUCCACCAGAACCCAGCUUCAGUCUCAUGCAUGGAGGAAUUCCAUCCAGCUAUCUCAAACCAAGAACUCCCCUUUAACCCGCUAGAGAACUUGCUUAGCUCGGCAAAUACGCUCCCUUCUUCCUCGUCACCAUGCACUGGUAAUUGGAGGAGCAAACGCAAAAACAGCCACUUGCCCCCAUCAAUGAGUCGAGAAAGGAGAAAGCGGAAGAGAACUAAGCCGACAAAGAACAUAGAAGACAUAGAGAACCAGAGAAUGACCCACAUUGCCGUUGAACGAAACCGGCGACGCCAAAUGAACGACCACCUCAACUCCCUCCGCAUCCUCAUACCACCUUCCUACGUCCAAAGGGGAGACCAAGCGUCCAUAAUUGGAGGGGCAAUAGACUUCGUGAAGGCUCUCGAGCAACUCUUGCUAUCCCUUGAAGCCCAAAAGAGAACGCAAAAGAAUGGCGGUGAAGGAGAAACCAUGGAUGCAAAUUUGGCGAGUAACCAUGUAAGAGGCAUUUCAUCGAACGAGUGGUGUAUGAGUAACGAAGAUCAAGCUUCCAGCCCCAAAAUCGAGGCCACAGUUAUACAGAAUCACGUCAAUCUGAAAGUUCAGUGCCCGAAGAAACAAGGUCAGCUUCUGAAAGCAAUCAUCUCGUUGGAGGAUCUUCGACUCACUGUUCUCCAUCUCAACGUCGCUUGUUCGCAUGCGUCUGUGUUCUAUUCCUUCAACCUUAAGAUGGAAGAGGACUGCAUCUUGGGGUCGGCCGACGAGAUAUCGACGGCGGUGCAUCAGAUUUUCGACCAAAUCGACGGCUCAAAAUUAGAUUAACGCGUAAAUCCAAAAGUAUUAACAAGAAGAAGAAGAAGAAGAAGAAGAAGAAGAAGAAGAAGAAGAAUAAGAAU